UUAGAAAAGUUUCUGGCACAAAGCGAUCUGUUCCAGCCAUACAACAACGGAAGUUAGUUCGCAGUGGUACCACAGCUGUACAGCACAAAAAUACGAGGCAGACGAGGCGACGGGCCCCUUCAAGAGUGAGUGUGAAACUGACUAAAAAGGCUAAUUUUGCAGUAAGGUCUGAGGAUGAAGAAGAAUAUUACUCUGAUAGCUCUUCACCAACUUCUGAAGAAUCGGAAGAGGAAGACUCUAGGAGAGAGCGAGUCUACAACUCAUCAGAUCAAGAAGAAAUUGACUCUGAAGAGGAUGAAAACAAUUUACGUCAGUCUUUCGGAUUAAAAAAAAAAAGCCAUAAAUUCUGGUUCUAG